AUGGGUCUCUCCGUCUCCAAGCUCCUCAACGGCCUCUUCGGCAAGAAGGAGAUGCGAAUCCUUAUGGUCGGUCUCGAUGCCGCCGGUAAGACCACCAUCCUCUACAAGCUCAAGCUCGGCGAGAUCGUCACCACCAUCCCCACCAUCGGUUUCAACGUCGAGACGGUCGAGUACAAGAACAUCUCGUUCACGGUCUGGGAUGUCGGAGGUCAGGACAAGAUCCGACCUCUGUGGAGGCACUACUUCCAAAACACCCAGGGUAUCAUCUUUGUUGUCGACUCUAACGACAGGGAGCGUAUCACUGAGGCUCGUGAGGAGUUGCAACGGAUGUUGAGCGAGGAUGAGUUGAGGGAUGCUUUGCUUCUCGUGUUUGCCAACAAGCAGGAUUUGCCCAACGCUAUGAACGCUGCCGAGAUCACCGACAAGCUCGGUCUCCACUCUCUCCGCCAGCGAUCCUGGUAUAUCCAGGCCGCUUGCGCUACUUCUGGUGACGGUCUCUACGAGGGUCUUGAAUGGCUCUCCGCCAACCUCAAGAAGAAGUCUCCUUAA